AUCCGCCAAUUAUCACUCCGAUAACUCCCAGAAACUGUGCAUGCUGGCCACCCCAGCGCAGGAAGGCCUGAGCGCUUGUCUUGAGCAAUGGCUCUGACUGCAUUUUCCCUCACAGCCUGCACAUCGAAACGCAAGACUCUCAUAAUAAUUUGUCUCUGAGAGUCUGUAUCUGAGCCGCUGAGGCUGCUCAAUAGUCAGCCUAGGCGCAAGUUGACUUUGAACCUAAACAGGAAACAUCGCCCACUCCCUGCGCAACCUGAUUGUUGAGACACAACCCGGAUCUAGAUGCAUGGGACAGAGCAUCUCUCCUCUGCGCCAGCUGGGGCUCAGCAACCAUCGUUGGGAUGUUGAUAGAGGUCAAGUAGGGCGCGCGGCUCUACUAGAGGCGAGGAGUCCAAUUGACUCGAUAUGGUUUCAUCAACCUUUUUCGGCAGGUGCAGAUAGCUCCCCCGCCACUCAAACGUAUAGGACAUGAAAGAGAAUGAGGCAGUGUCUUGAGCUACAUGUCAAUCAAGAGCAGCACUUGUGCCAUUGGCGGCCAGGCCUCAUGAGCAAUGGCACGUUUGUGGAGUCUUUUCCGGUAGAAUUUCACUUCUCUCACAUGAUCCUCUAUGAUGUGGAUUGUUUGAGGUUUGAACCAGUUGAACAGAUCAUGGAGGUGUGGCGUGACGGCCUGUGGGCAAGUUUGAUUGUGUGAAGAGACAUGCCCAAUACAAUCCAUUUGUUGGCAGCACUGGUAACACCAGUGCAAUUGAUGGACAUCUUUUUGCAACACUCCAUCAGAAUUUGCAUGGCUCUUUGCGGCAAUGCAUUGAUCGCAACAUACAGGUUCCUCUGCAGCAGUAUCCUGCAGUUUCACUGCUGGUCGCGUCACUCAGGAUGUCCCUUUAUCAAAGCACCGUCAGGAGAAGGGGUUUUAUUGAUAUGAUCUCAAUUUAUGGAGUUACAACUGAAGCUGUAAGGAGAAUUAGCAGC